UUGUAGUACGUUUUGCCGUUUUACUUCUGCUUGCCGAACAAAUAAAGACAAAGGUAUUUACAUCAAGUAAAAACAUGGCAGAAAUAACUGAGAAGAAAGAUGGGAGAACGGAAAAACAGUUUGAGAAUACCCGCAACAAUCACAAAAAUAAGGUUUUCAAUAUACAACCUGCCGAUAACGCCCACGUAAGAUUUUCUUACCGCCUUCCGAAUGUAAAACCCGAACGAAUUUCCACUGGAAGUAAGAAAAUGGAACACACUAGAAAUAAGAAAAAUGAGCCCGAGUAUUUUCUCAAUUUCGUGUUUAACAACUACCGAAAUCCCAAAGAAACCGUGGAUCCAAAGACCCUCUCCAAAAAAGUGCAAAUGCGAAGAGCAGGCAGGCGAUUACUGCGGAAUGGAAUUCCCAAUCCCUAUAAGUACUUUCCGCUUAAAGGUGAAGAUAUGUAGAUAAUAUAUAUCAGUAUCUUUUGGUUUGUUUACAUCCACCACAAAGCUGAUUUGUUUACUCACUGAUGAUAAAAAUAACUUUGCACCGCGUAUACUUUCCAACAGCAAUUAGCACAACUAAUCUGAUCGAUGAGAACCAAUUUACCCACCAAUUAAUAUAAUGUAUUUAAAUUCAUAAUUUUCUAUUUAACGAAAUGAAGAUUGUACUCGGACCUUAAUAUCAAAUAAAUAAAUAAUAAUAAAUCUUGUUAAAUCAUAA